CUCUUCCAUCCAUCCAUCCAUCGAGCUGCCACUUGACGCCAGCAGGCAGCUGAGUUCAGAGAGGAGACUCGAACAUGGCAGCUCCGACAGCAUUCUUCCUCGGCGUUUGCGCGGUGCUGCUGGCGGCCGCCGUCGCCAACGCCGACGCGGCUUCCGUGGUGGUCGGCCUGGCCAAGUGCGCCGGCUGCACCAGGAAGGACAUGAAGGCCGAGGAAACGUUCAAGCGUCUCCGCGUGGCGAUCAAGUGCAGGAACGUUGAGGGCGAGUACGAGAGCAAGGCGGUGGGCGGCCUCGACCGCACCGGCGCCUUCAGCGUGCCCCUGGCCACCGACCUCCACGGCGCCGACUGCGUCGCGCAGCUUCACAGCGCCGCCUCCAACGCGCCGUGCCCCGGCCAGGAGCCGUCCAAGAUCGUGCCACUGUCCGAGGGCGCCACCACCUUCGGCGUCGUCGCCGGCGCCAAGACCACC